CGCCCGUCAUGGCGAGCUGCCCCCCGCCAGGUAAACGCGCUCGCACGGAUGACUUAGACGCUUCGAUGCCUCCAUCCAAAGCUGUACGGCACAGUAAGCACUGGUAUCGCGACGGCUCGAUUGUGUUACAUGUCGAAAAUGUGCUCUUUCGCGUUCACCAGACGCUUCUGGAAGUCCACUCUGAGGUUUUCCGGGAUAUGUCGACCGCUUCGCAGCCUGAUGGGAAUCACAUGCUGGAUGGAUGCCACGUCGUGCGCUUGACGGGCGAUCGCUGUGAGGAUUGGGUCCUUAUGCUAGACUCGCUCUAUGAUGCCAUCUCAUACUGCAACCUCGCCGACAAAAGACUUGACGAUACUAAGCUGCGCGCGGUAUCCGCCGUCCUUCGACUGGCGACCAAAUACCGUAUGCCAACGCAUCGCGAGAAGUCCCUCAAGACUCUCAGCACGCAUUUUCCCAAUCGUAACCACUUCGAGAUCUCCCCCCUCGACGCGCCCAUGCUUGAUUCGACGUACGAUAUCAUUAAGCUGGCCCGAGAAAGCAACGCACCAACCCUACUGCCGUUCGCCUUCCUCUACAUCUCGUGCAUGCGUGAACCAAGACACAUCGUCCACAGCGAAAAACUCGGCGCUGAGGACAAGAUCAGGAUCCUUCACGGGAUAUUGCAGCUCGUACGCAUGCAGCGAACUGAAGUCUAUCACUCUGUGGACCAAUUCAGGCGCUCGGUGGCUUGCACUGCCUCGUGCACACUGCCAACUUACCUGCUACCAUGGUACGGCGAUGACGCGGAUGAGUUGUAUUGGGUUGCAGAUGGCGAAACUCACAAAGACAGAGUCAAACACUCCGACUUGCAAUCGCAUCUGUGCCAAACGUGCUAUGAGACGGUGUUGGAAGAGGUCACCGAAGGAGAGCAGAAGAUGUGGGAGGCAACACCGUCGAUAUUUGACCUUGGAAAAAGCUGGGACGAUCUUCGGCAGAUGCAGAACUAUGAUACCUGAUGGCCACCUGUGACCUGUAUACUGUCUUUGUCUGAUGCUGUCUGAAUGCAUACCCUGGUUCAGUCCUUCGCC